AUGCUGGUAAAUCAUAUUGGAUUGACAUUGACGAAAGAGGAUCUGCAGAAUGUGGUUGACCUAAUGGAACCAUAUGGUCAGAUAAGCAACGGCAUUGAACUCCUGAAUCCUCCUCUUGAUACUUUCAGCAGAAUCAUCCCCAAAUGGGUGAGGAAAACCAAAAUUGUUAAAGGAAUAAGUAAAAUGCUGGUAAAUCAUAUUGGAUUGACAUUGACGAAAGAGGAUCUGCAGAAUGUGGUUGACCUAAUGGAACCAUAUGGUCAGAUAAGCAACGGCAUUGAACUCCUGAAUCCUCCUCUUGAUGUAUGA